AUGGAAACACUUAUGAAUGAGAAAGGACCCGGUAACCGUGGAGACAGUGUGAAUGAGGAACUGCCUCAUCGGAUUCUAUCUACUGUGGGCUCACAAUUCGACUUGCGGACACUCAGGGCUGUGCGAGUAUUGAGGCCUCUCAAACUGGUGUCCGGUAUUCCCAGCUUACAGGUGGUGCUCAAAUCCAUCAUGAAGGCCAUGAUUCCUCUGCUGCAAAUUGGCCUGCUGCUCUUCUUUGCCAUCCUCAUGUUCGCCAUCAUCGGCCUCGAGUUCUACAUGGGCAAAUUCCACAAAACCUGCUUCGACAACAUAACAAAAGAGAUCCGGGAAGAGUUUCCAUGUGGGGUAGAGCUUCCAUCUCGGCUGUGUCCAGAGGACACCGUUUGUAGAGAGUACUGGCUGGGACCAAACUACGGCAUCACCCAGUUUGACAACAUCCUGUUUGCUAUUCUCACCGUUUUCCAGUGUAUCACCAUGGAGGGCUGGACUGACCUGCUCUACUAUAGCAACGAUGCCUCAGGGAGUGCAUGGAACUGGAUGUACUUCAUCCCCCUCAUCAUCAUCGGCUCUUUCUUUAUGCUCAACCUGGUGCUGGGUGUGUUGUCGGGCGAGUUCGCCAAAGAGAGGGAGCGUGUGGAGAACAGGAGUGAGUUUCUGAAGCUCCGAAGACAGCAGCAGAUUGAAAGGGAACUAAACGGUUACCUGGAGUGGAUCUGUAAAGCUGAAGAGGUCAUCUUGGCGGAUGAUGAGAAUGAAAAUGAAUACGAUGGUUCUCGUAGGAGAGCCACGAAGAACCACAAAAGCAAAGCUGAGCUUCUAAAUUCAGAGGAAGGGGAGGGAGACCUGGGAGUAGGUUCACCGUUUGCUCGUGCCAGCUUGAAGAGCUCCAAGCUGGAGGGAUCGACUUUCAAGCGUCGGGAGCGACGGUUUCGCUUCUUUAUCCGUCACAUUGUUAAGUCCCAGGGCUUCUACUGGACCGUGCUGUGUUUGGUGGGCCUCAACACGCUGUGUGUGGCUGUUGUGCACUACGACCAGCCUGAACCACUUUCAGAUUUUCUAUAUUAUGCCGAAUUCAUCUUCCUGGGAAUAUUCUUGACAGAGAUGUUUGUAAAACUGUACGGCCUGGGCAGACAGGCCUACCUCAACUCCUCCUUCAACUGCUUCGACUGCAUUGUGAUAUGUGGUAGCAUAUUUGAAGUCCUUUGGUCCAUCAUCCAACCGGGCACAUCGUUUGGCAUCAGUGUGCUACGAGCUCUCAGGUUAUUGAGGAUCUUCAAAGUCACCAAGUACUGGGCGUCUUUGCGUAACCUCGUCGUGUCUCUGCUCAAUUCCAUGAAGUCCAUCAUCAGUUUGCUCUUCCUGCUCUUCCUCUUCAUAGUCGUCUUUGCGCUGCUGGGCAUGCAGCUCUUCGGAGGACAGUUUAAUUUUGAAAGUGGCACCCCUCCAACCAACUUCGAUACAUUUCCCGCAGCAAUAAUGACGGUGUUCCAGAUCCUGACCGGCGAGGACUGGAAUAUGGUGAUGUAUGAUGGCAUCAAAUCUCAGGGUGGAGUCAACAAGGGCAUGGCCUUCUCCGUCUUCUUCAUUGUACUCACGCUUUUUGGCAACUACACUCUGCUGAAUGUGUUCUUGGCCAUCGCUGUGGACAAUCUGGCCAACGCACAGGAACUGACCAAGGAUGAACAGGAAGAAGAGGAAGCUGCCAAUCAGAAGAUUGCCCUGCAGAAAGCCAAGGAAGUGGCUGAAGUUAGCCCACUAUCUGCUGCAAACCUCUCCAUUGCAGCCAAGGAGCAGCAGAAGAACCACAUUAAGGGAGUCAGCAAGUCAGUGUGGGAGCAGCGCACCAAGGAGCUGAGGAAGCAGACUCUGGCAUCCAGCCGCGAGGCCCUCUAUAACGAAUUGGACGCUGAUGACCGCUGGAAGGUCAACUAUUCACGUCACAUCCGUCCAGACAUGAAGACCCAUCUGGAUCGACCCUUAGUGGUGGACCCCCAUGAAAAUCGUAAUAACAACACAAACAAGACCACUGCCAACAACUCAGACUUCUGUGUCAGCCAGCACCAUCCUGAGCACCAUGGCCAAGUAGGAGGGGAUGGUGGAGGAGGUUCAGGUCCACCCAGACCUCCCAUGGAGCGGGGAGAAUCCACGGAGAGUAGACGGAGCCGCAAAAGUGAGCAUCACCACAGCUCUCAUGUCCGUCUGGAUGCUACAGUUAUUCCUGGGCCGGGUUCAGAGGAGAGGCUACCCAGGCGCCAUCACCACACGCGGACUGGGAGUCGAGGAGGAGGGCAGUCCGAACACAGGAAGCCAAGGUCACAUCGAAAGAAUGCUGAAGAUGGUGAGGAUGGCGGGGGAGGAGCUGGAAAAUCUGGAAGACAUAAGAGCAAAGGAGUGGAUGGGAGUGGGGAAGGAGGAGAGCAUGAGCGAGCAGGCAAUGGCGGUGAGAAGAGGUCAAGAAGAAGCCGUCGUGGAAGCCAAACAGAGGGCGAGGGGAAGCGGAUGUGCUCACACAGAAGGAAGGACUGCAGUAUCCCAAACCUAUCUACCACACGGCCCAUCCAGAAGAGUCUCUCAAGGCAGAAUAGCCAGUACAGUGAGGACAUGGACAACCUCAUGAACACCAAACUGGUGUCUGGUUCUACACCACCUAGCGAGGGUCGCCCCUAUCCAGUGGCCAGUCACACUGUCACCCCUGGAUUUGGAUCUGCCCUUCAUCUUGCUAACAGUGGCACUCGUGGAAGUUUGGUCACUUUAGAUAGUUAUGGGAAUGUCGGACAUCACCGUGCCAACAGUGUGAUCAGGCUGCCCCACCCUGAUUAUACUGCUGUGGACAUGCCCAUUUUUCCAUCCACCAAUGCCAUACUUUAA